AUGCCACCUCGAAGUGCUGCCAAGCGCGUGGACCCGCUGAGCGGCUGCCCCAGCUCAGCGGAGGUCUACCAGGAUGCUAAUGGCGUCGCCUGGAGCUUCAUGCUUAACUACACCAACAUCUCCUUUGGGACGUAUGGAAACAACAAGUUUUACAUGGUGCAGCUGAUCCAGGACGGCAACAAUUACAUGGUCUUCCGCAAAUGGGGACGCGUCGGUGCCAAGAACCCGCAGCGCGCUCUGGAGCGAUACAACACGUCGCUGGAAAAGGCGCAGGCCUCAUUUUCUAAGAAGUUCCUGGACAAGAGCGGCAAUGAGUGGCCACUGACUGGGCCGUUUGAGAGAGUGGAGGGAAAAUACGUGCUCGUCGAACUGGACGAUGAAGUCCCUGAAGAGGAGGAAGAGAUAAGCGACGUCGAGAAGGAAGAAGAGGUAGCGUCGACUCUACACGAGACCAUUCAAGACGUGUUGAAGCUCAUCUGUGAUGCCGACCUCAUCGCCCGAGAAGUGGCAAAUAUGAAUCUUGACUUGAAGAGGCUCCCGUUGGGCAAACUCUCUAAAACGCAAAUCUCGCAGGGUUACGCUUUAUUACAGCAGCUCUCAGAAGCAAUCAAGGAGAUCGAAGAGCUCAACAAGGUUGGCUCAAACGCUCAGGAGGCACCUACGAGACGAUCUGGAACCCGACGAUCCACUCGGGUCAAGCGAGUAGCGAAGCCUAAUGCUGCCCAAAUCCGCCGCUUGAAGACUAGUCUGAAGACCCUCUCUAGCGAAUUUUACACUUUGAUCCCGCACGAUUUCGGUCGAAACUUACCGCCUCCGAUCGAUUCGUUGGACGAGGUGAAGCUGAAGAUUGACUUGCUCGAGGUGCUGGCAAAUAUCGAGAUUUCGCAGAAGCUGCAAGCUGAAAAGAAGAAGAAUGCGAAGAAGAAUGCCGGCGCCAAGUUGAACUCGCUCGAUGCGCAGUUCAAUAUGCUCAACGUUAAGAUGGAGCCACUUCCUGAUUCGACCGAGGAGUUCAAGGUUAUUGAGAGAUAUGUGGAGACCACUCACGCUCCGACUCACGUGCAGUACAAACUGCGAAUCAAGUCCGUUCUUAAGAUCAACCGUCCGGAUGAAGAGAUGUUCACGGACGUUUUCAAGUCUGUGAACAACCACAAGUUGUUGUGGCACGGCUCUCGCCUAUCGAACGUCGUCGGGAUCCUGUCCAAGGGACUUCGCGUGGCUCCACCUGAGGCACCAAACAACGGCUACAUGUUCGGCAAAGGAAUCUAUUUCGCCGACUCGGUGUCCAAAUCAGCGAACUACUGCUGGACUACGCCUCAGAACCCGAAGGGCGUGUUGAUCUUAGCUGAGGUGGCCUUGGGCACCCCCUACAAGGCUCAAGAAGCAGAAGAUCUGACGUACACUACCUUGAAGAAAACCAAGGGAUGUGAUAGUACACACGGUGUAGGUCGCAUGGCUGCUCCCGAAGACGACCACGAGACCAUGGAGGACGGUGUUGUUGUCCCCAUCGGAGAGUUCAUGCCAUCCGAUGGCGGCGGCUCUCUGCUCUACAACGAGUUCAUCGUGUAUCGCCAGGAACAAGUGAAGUUGCGCUAUCUCGUUAAUCUCGACUUCCUCUACGAAGACGAAGAAGAGGAGGUAUAG